ACCAUCCCGACGAGUCUUAAUGUCUUGGUAAUGUGGAGCUUAAUAUAAGUGUUCUUACGGCUCCUUAUGUUAUUGUAAUGUAUCCGGACAUGCAAUCCGACGUGCUUUGCGAUUUCCUAUCGCGGGGAUAGCGCUUUGGCUGCACAAGUAAAAAGCGUAAGGUAGGUGGACAGCCGGUUGAGGCCUCUCCAGGCGCCGCCAUGCGGUUGGCCGUGUUUGUCUGUCUGUUCAUGAACAUCCUGUUCGCCACCAUCAUCUUCUACACGUACAUGGUGUGGUCGCGCUACUGGCACGCCGUGGUGCUGGCGCGGCCGCCCAACUACCUCUCAGCGGCCUACAUGCAAGAGCUGCGGCGGCGGCGCGCCCACCCGGUCGCCGCGCGCGGGCCGCCCAAGACGCGCGCGCCGUACGUGUUCCACCCGGAUGAGCGGAUCGCGCACCACCGCGCCCUGACGCUGGCGCAGCUGCGCCGCGUCCAGCUCGACUGGAAGAUGCAGCGGCCGGCCAACAAGUACGGCGUGCGCUUCACCGGCCGGCGCGACCAGCGCCCGCUGACGGCCGCCGACCAGCCGUUCGCCGGCGUCGGGCUGGGCAAGUACUUCCCGACGGUGGCGCCGCUUGGCGGCCGCUCCUUCAACGCGUGCGCCGUGGUGGCCAGCUCCGGAUCGCUGCUCAACUCUGGGCUCGGCGAGGAGAUUGACCAGCACGACGUGGUGGUGCGCUUCAACAACGCUCCGACGAUCAACUACGAGCUGGACGUGGGCACGAAGACCACGCUGCGGCUGCUCAACUCGCGCGUCAUCAGCGAGCCGCAGUUCGACUUCCUCGGCAGCUCGCUCUACAAGGACGUCUCGCUCAUGGCCUGGGAUCCGAGCCGGUACAGCGGUGACCUGCAACAGUGGUACCGCAGCCCGGACUUCCCCGUGUUCGCGGCCUACUUCCAGCGAAGGCUGAUGCUGCCGGACGAGGACUUCCACCUGCUGGAGCCGGGCUCGCUGUGGCGCGUGUGGGACUUCCUGCAGACGCACACGCACACCAGCGUGCUGCCCAACCCGCCCUCCUCCGGCUUCAUGGGCAUCGCGCUCAUGCUGGACCGCUGCCAGCACGUGGACGUGUACGAGUUUGUGCCGUCGCUGCGUAUGACCAAGCGCUGUCACUACUACGACGUGGAGGAGAACGAGUUCUGCACGCUGGGCGCCUGGCACCCGCUGGCCACGGAGAAGCUGCUGGCUCUGCGGAUGAGCACCGCCUCCGACCGAGACGUGUUCGAGCGCGGCGUGCUGCGCCUGCGCGGCUGGGGCGGGCUCAGCUGCAGCUGAUGACGCGCGCCGGCGAGCGCCAG